ACCUAAUGCUGGUGCCAAGUCAAGUGGCAUUUUGGAUAAAUAAGGAGUUAGUCAAUGUCAUUCUUCCAACUCUUUUAUUAGUAGCUUUAAAAACAAGUCGCCACACCCCUCCUCUUCUUGUCCCGACUUAAGCAACUGCAGCAUAGAAAAAUAUACAACAGCCAAAACAAACAAACAAACAGCAUGUCUAAUCCCUCUGGUUUUCUCCUGGCCGUUUCCUUAGUCCUCACAACUCUGAUCAUCUCCUUGUCGACCGUCGAAGCAGGUGGUGACCACCACUUGAUCAACUGGGUUCCGACCAAGGCUGGCUGCCAGGGCUCCAUGGCUGAGUGCAUAACUAACGAUGAGUUUGAUAUGGACUCCGAGAUAAACAGGCGCAUAUUGGCAACCACGCAGUACAUAAGCUACGGAGCUCUGCAGAGGAACACCGUGCCAUGCUCUCUCAGGGGUGCAUCCUACUAUAACUGUCAGCCAGGCGCACAAGCUAACCCCUACAGCCGAGGUUGCAGUGCCAUUACCCGUUGCCGUAGUUAAGGUUAUUCCGCAACUCCCCCACCCCCGCUGUUUUUUUUCCUGUCUCAUUUUGUUUGUCAUUUGUAAGAUAAAAAUAUACCAAUAAGGUUGAUUUAGUCAGAAUAUCAGGCUCCUCUCUGGUGAGAUGGAGAAUCUAUGUUGUUGAAGAAAUUCCCUGAUACGUUAUCAUGUAAUCUUGUGUGUUUCUUUGCCCUUUUAAUUUGCUGCUUUCGAAUCUUAAUUACCUUGAAGUUUCAA